GUUUCUCGUGAUAAGAGGCUGAUGCGAGUAACAUUUCGCGAGCAAUUGCUGCAAAGGCGUCGUUGAGCCAUGUCGGAGCCUUCAGCUUGUGUGUAGCCUGGGGCUGUGGGGAACAAGGCGGGAGGGCGCCGGACAAACCUUUCGCCGGGCGCAGUCGCGCUCUGACGCGUAGCCGUCAACCGCCUCCAAAUACGCAUCCAUCAAGGAACAUCACCGACGAUUCAUAGAUCCAGCCCAAGGCACAAAACUAUGCGCUUGGAGAGCGAGCGUCGCAUAUACCAAAGCUACUAGCGACUGCCGCCAUGUUCAACUUCACGCCCCUUCUGGGCGCGCAAAGCGCCUCUCCAGCAUCGCAGUCGCUGCUGGAGUUUGAUGGAGGCAUACAGAUCCUCAUAGAUGUUGGCUGGGCCGAGGAUUUCAGCGUAGAGCAGCUCAAAGAAAUCGAGAGACAUGUUCCCACUCUUUCCUUUAUCCUCCUCACCCACGCGACUACUGCGCAUCUCGGCGCCUACGUACACUGCUGCAAGAACUUCCCCCUGUUCACGCGCAUUCCCGUCUACGCCACAAACCCCGUCAUAUCCCUCGGCCGGACGCUCUUGCAAGAUCUCUACGAAUCCACCCCUCUUGCCUCGUCGAUAAUCCCGACCGAGGCCCUCAAUGAAUCCGCCUACUCCUUCUCGUCAGCGCUCAAGGGCGGGAAAAACCCAAACAUACUUCUCCAGGCGCCCACGGCCCAAGAAAUUGCCGACUACUUUGCCCGCAUCAACCCACUGCGAUACUCGCAACCACAUCAGCCUAUCCCCUCGCCCCACUCACCUCCGCUCAACGGACUCACCAUUACUGCAUACAGCGCUGGACACACGCUGGGAGGUUCGAUAUGGCAUAUUCAGCAUGGCAUGGAGUCGGUCGUCUAUGCUGUCGAUUGGAACCAAGCCAGGGAGCAUGUCCUCUCUGGAGCAGCCUGGCUCGGAGGACCUGGCACCGGCGGCUCAGAGGUCUUGGAGCAACUACGCCGCCCCACUGCUUUGAUCUGCAGUAGCAAGAAUACAAACAUGGUCAAAGUCGCAAAGUCACCAAACAAGCGAGACGAAGCAUUGCUCGAAAUGAUACGGGAUACAGUCGCCAACGGUGGGUCGGUUUUGAUUCCAUCAGAUUCCAGUGCCCGCAUCCUUGAAUUAGCAUAUCUUCUUGAAGAGACGUGGCAUCGCGAGACAGCCGAAGAAGGCAACAAUAGCCCCCUGGCCAACGCAAAGGUAUACCUUGCCAGUCGGACAGGAGGUGCAACGAUGCGGUACGUGCGGAGCAUGCUGGAGUGGAUGGAAGAGGGUAUUGUAAAAGAGUUUGAAGCGAGCGCAGCAGACCAGGAUCGAAGGAACAAAGGUGGAAAGGAGGAGGAUAGAGCCAAAGUUCCCUUUGAUUUCAGACAUAUUACCCUGUUGGAGCGCAAGACACGCGUAGCUCGCAUGCUCAGCGCUGCGGGACCGCGUGUGAUACUAGCAAGCGACGCUACACUGGAGUGGGGAUUUUCAAAAGAUGCCCUUCGGACCCUGGCCUCUGACGAAAAGAACCUUGUCAUUCUCACAGAAAGAUCUGGUGAAUUGGGCGUACAGAAGAAGGGACUUGGUCGAUACCUCUGGGACCUGUGGCACGAGCGAAAUGCAUCACCAGGACAGGACGCGCCUCCUACUACUGUGAUUGAUGCUUCAGGUAACCAGGCUCCGUGGAAUAGUAUCAGAGCAGUCGCACUCGAGGGUGAUGAAGUCCCGCUUUAUCAGCAAUUCCUUGCCAGCCAAAGACAGCGACAAAAUACCAUGGGCGGAGACAACGCAGCUCUCCUCGAAACAUCUGCAGACGUGGUCGACGACCGAUCAUCAACUGAAUCUGAAAGUUCAGAAGGCUCUGGCGAUGGGUACCGAGGAAAGGCGUUGAAUGCGACUGUCGCCCUGCAGCAUGCGCGCAACAAGCUUGGUAUGACAGACGCCGAGCUGGGCGUCAACGUCCUUAUCCGCCGCAAAAAUGUCUACGAUUACGAGGUGCAGGGCAAAAAAGGCAAGGAGAGGAUGUUUCCGUUUCAGGCGAAGAAGCGUCGCACAGAUGACUUUGGCGACCUCAUCCGCCCAGAGGACUUUGCACGCGCUGAAGAGGAGGACAAUACAGCUGGAGAGGCUCUCCGCGGCGAGGAUACGAAGAAGGAAAAUGCCGUGGGUCAGAAGAGGAGAUGGGAUGACCUGGUCAACAAUGCCGAUAACGUCAAGGCGACUGCCAACCAAAAGCGCAGAAAAGAAAGAGAGGGCCGAGAGGGCGAGGACGGAGAGUCAGACAGCGAGCCAGAGGGCGACCCUGACAAGGUGGAAGGUCCUUCCAAGGUCAUUAUCGAGUCGGAAACGCUCGAGAUCCGGUGCCGGAUAGCCUUUGUCGACUUCUCGGGUCUACACGACCGCCGCACUAUCCAACAGCUGAUUCCACUAAUCAAACCACGAAAGCUCAUCUUUGUUGGCGGAGAGCAAGACGAAACACUUGAACUCGCAGAGAUCAGUCGCAUAGCGCUGAAUGCCAACACGGAUUCAGCCAAUGUCAUCGAUGUCUUUACGCCUACAGUAGGCAUGGUGAUUAACGCUAGCGUCGACACCAAUGCCUGGAGUGUCAAGCUCAGUCGAAACAUGGUACGCAACCUACGUUGGCAGAAUGUGCGUGGCAUGGGCGUUGUGGCCAUUACAGGGCGUCUUGCAGUCGCGAGCCUCGAGCCUCCAGUCAAGGAAGAAGCCGACACACCUGCGAAAAAGAAGGCUCGUCUCGACGCACCCGCCGUCCCUGUGUCCAGCGACAACACCAGUGACACACCCAUCCUGGACGUUGUCCCCAACAAUAUGGCGACUGCAGUUCGUUCCGUCGCCCAGCCGUUCCACGUCGGUGACCUGCGCCUUGCUGAUCUCCGGAAGCUUAUGAAUGCCAACGGUAUGCAGGCCGAGUUCCGUGGCGAGGGUGUGCUGGUUAUCAAUGGUACCGUGGCAGUAAGGAAGACUGCUACGGGUCAGAUUGAGAUUGACGGCGGUGCGUAUGGAAACUUUGACCCGCGAAGCAGUGAUGCGGCAACAUUUUCACGAGUUAGGAGACAGAUCUACGAAGGUCUGGCUGUUGUUGCUGGAGGAUGAUCAAGACGAUGAUGACGGGCAAGUGGAUGGGUGAAUGGCGUGCGAGGCGUUUGUCACUUUGGGCAAGGUUGGCAGCUGUCUUUGAUCCAGACCUCAAUAUAUCAUGCUGGCUAGUUUUGUGGCGAGGCACCCUUUUACUCGAUAUAGUCUCGACAUG